AUGUCCCCCCCUGGCCGCCCGCGGAUCCGACAGGGUGGCCCCGAAGCAGCCGCCCCGCCAGGCGAGCAGCGCGGGGCGGCGGCAACGACGGGCAAUCGGGCUCCCUCGGCACGGCUGCUGUCCUUGGUGCUGAAUCGGCGGCGGCGGCGGCGACUGCUCUCCGCCUGCGUGGUCGGCUUCGUGGGAGGCGGAGAGGCAGAGGAGGCUGCUGGAGCGUCUGGACAGCGGCAGGCGCAGCCGGCGAACCCUGCGCAGGAGCUGCGCAAAAGAGAGAGAGAGAGAGAGUGCCGCCCCUCUCGACUGGCCCUGCCUGGCUGGCUGGCUGGCGCUGGGGCCGCUGAACAAAAGAAACCCUCCGGUGGAAGGUUUGGCUCGGGAAAGAAAGCGACUUCGGCGGAGCUGGGGGGACUGAUUCCGCCCGGGGCCGUUCGUUCUUUCGUUCGUUCGUUCGUUCGUUCGUUCGUUCGUUCGUUCGUUCGUUCGGCCUGCCUGCCUGCAGCCACCUCGGCGGAGGGCGAGGCAACGUUCAUCGAUCAGACCAGCUGCUGGGGCGUCCGCCGAGACAGGCGACAGCAACGAGGGAAGGGCUGGUCUGAAUCCCGCAGCGGCUUUCCGGGGCUCCCUGCUGGGAGAAAGAAGACACCAACAUUAGGGGCGCGGGAGAGGGAGGGUUCGCUGGCCCCCACCCCGAUUGCCCUCCCCUCCCCUUCGCCCGAGAAGUCUGGAGGAAUCCGAGCGUUUGCAAGGAGUGAGCAGCUCCAGCAGGCUUCCCAGGAGCGAAGGGAAGACUCGCCUCUCGCCUCCCUUUUCCAGCCUCCGCCUUCCCCAGGAUCGAGACCGUGGGGCAUGAAGGGCGCGGGGGCAGGCAGCAGGGGUGGAGACAGCCUCUCCCCUCCGGGUCGACUCGGGCUCCAGUCUCAGAGUUGAGAUUAGAGUAGGGAGGUGUAAACCGUGGCUUGAUUCAGGGGACCUACCACCACCGCCCCCCUCGCCACAACCCAUCCUCCCCGGCUCACUGAACCAGAAACCGGAGCC